GAUAAGAAAUACGCACACCCUUUGCAACAACACAAAUUCCAGGCUGUUCUUGUUCCCUUCUUCCCUUGUUCUUAUUCUUCUUCAUUCCCACAACACAACCGUUCAGUCAGUCUUUCCAAAGUCUCCUCAACCAUGCCACUGGUCCCCAUCAUUCUCUCCAUUGAUGGCAUGUAGUUAAUGAAGUGAGUGAAGCCUCUUCUGAGCAUGCAUUAAUUGCUUUAUGCAGUACCUGUGCCUUGUUACUGUUUAGUGUCCAUCAUACUAUGCCAUUUUCAAAUACCUCUCUUCCAUUCACCACUCCUCAUUCCACGCGUGUCCUUCAUUGAAGCUGUAAUUUACACUUUAAUGCCCCUCCUUAUUAUUUUUUCACUUCCCAAAGUGUUGUCCCUCACUCUAUCUUAUGCUACUGCUUCUCAUCUUUGCCUCCUAGUGGUGCCCUUUCUCCCUUUGAAAUUGGUAGCUAAGUUUGAUGUUCACAUUCAAAAAGUUUGGUGCCUAAUGCUCAGAGUUGGUUCAAUGAGAUAUUUUUACCUCUAUCUUGUGGUUCUUACUUGGUUUUUGUCCAUCCCUUGUACCCACGAACUACAACUUGCUCAGACCCAAGUUCUGUUACAGUUAAGAAAGUAUCUGGAGUACCCUACCUCUCUGCAAAUGUGGGAAAAUUACAAUGUAGACCUUUGUAGCCUUCCUCCAUCUGCACAUGUGAGCCUUAAGUGUGAGGGUAAUUCAGUAACUGAGCUUAAAAUUAUAGGAGAUAGAGCUGUGAAGGUUGACAAGUUCAAUGGACCUGCAGUUCCCAAUCAUACACUGUCACUGAGCUUCUCCAUUGAUUCUUUUGUCACCACAUUGACGAGGUUAACCAACUUAAGGGUCCUUAGAUUGGUGUCCUUGGGGAUUUGGGGGCCACUUCCUGAUAAAAUUCAUAGGCUGUCUUUGCUUGAAGUUUUGGAUAUGAGUUUAAAUUUCUUAUAUGGUUCAGUGCCACCAAGAAUGUCUACAAUGGUCAAGCUUCAUACACUGACACUAGAUGGCAAUGGUUUGAACAGCACAAUGCCUGAUUGGUUUGAUUCUUUAACUAAUCUAAGUGUAUUGAGUUUGAAGAGUAACCACUUAAAGGGUUCAUUCCCUUCUUCACUAUGCAAAAUUAGGAGUCUUGUUGAUAUUUCCUUGUCCCACAAUGAGUUGUCUGGUGGAUUGCCUGAUCUCAUUGCUCUCUCUGGUCUACAUGUACUUGAUUUAAGAGAAAAUCAUUUAGAUUCUGAACUGCCACUGAUGCCUAAAGCAGUGGUCACAAUUUUGCUUAGCAAAAAUUCUUUUUCAGGUGAGAUACCAAAUCAGUUUAGUGAAUUGGGCCAUCUUCAGCAUCUAGAUCUUUCAUCAAAUCAUCUCAGUAAGAUGCCCCCAUCUUCCUUGUUCUCUUUGCCAAACAUUAGCUAUUUGAAUUUAGCCAGCAAUGAGCUAAGUGGAUCCCUUCCACAGAAACUAAACUGUGGCAGCAAACUUGGGUUUGUGGAUAUCUCUAGUAACAAGUUAAAUGCUGGACUUCCUUCUUGCUUGGCCAAUACAUCGGGUAAAAGAGUUAUUAAAUAUGGUGGAAACUGUUUAUCUAUUGAUUCUCAACCUCAGCGGCAAGGGACUUAUUGUAAAGAAUCCAGUUUGGGAAAGAAGAACUUCUGGAAAUGGAAAAUAGCUGCAGCAGUUGCCAUGAUUAUUGUAAUUGUUCUUGUACUUUCUGCUUUUGGAGUUUUUUUUUAUAGAAAAUAUCAUUCAAGGGAGAUGUAUAGGCAUCAGAUGUUGCCUAAGGCUGUUCAAGAUAACUCAAUAACAGGAGUUUCAUCUGAAGUCCUUGCCAGUGCUAGAUUCGUUUCUCAAGUAGUGAAGCUAGGGACACAAGCUACUCCUACAUGUAGACAAUUUUCAAUUGAAGAGUUGAAGGAAGUCACAAGAAACUUUGAUUUGUCAACUUAUAUUGGCGAAGGCUCCUUAGGAAAGCUGUACAAAGGUAAACUAGAGAAUGGAACCUAUGUGGUGAUAAGAUGUGUGGCUCUGUCAAAGAAAUGCUCAAUACAAAAUCUUAAAGCUCGGUUGGAUUUACUCUCAAAGCUGAACCAUCCAAAUUUGGUUAGCCUUUUGGGUCAUUGUGUUGAUGGUGAUGGACAAGAUGAUUCUAGUGGCCUCAAACUUCAUCUUGUUUAUGAGUAUGUGCUGAAUGGGAGCUAUCGUACCCAUCUGUCAGAAUUUUCAUCAGACAAGGGACUGAAGUGGUCUGAUAGAUUAUCAAUUUUAAUUGGAGUUGCCAAAGCUGUGCACUUUUUACAUACUGGAGUUAUACCGGGUUGUUUUAGAAACCAGUUAAAGACAAACAAUAUUUUACUUGAUGAGCAUCACAUUCCCAAACUAAGUGACUAUGGUAUGUCCAUGAUUGCUGAGGAGAUCGAAUACCUUGAGGCAAAGGGAGAGUAUCCAAAAUCAUGCCAAAGAGAAAAAUUAGAAGAUGAUGUCUACAAUUUCGGGUUGAUACUGUUUGAGUCUCUUGUUGGACCCAUAGCAAGCAAGAAAGGAGAGAAAUAUUUUCUUGAUGAAAAGACAUCCUUUGACAGUCAAGAUGGCAGAAUUAAAAUAGUGGAUCCAGUAGUGUUAACCACUUGCUGUCCAGAGUCAUUAUCAAUUGCAAUAUCUAUCACAACCAAAUGCAUAUCCCCAGAAUCCUCAGCUCCUCCUUCUUUUGAGGAUGUCUUAUGGAACUUACAGUAUGCAGCUCAAGUCCAAGCCACAGCAGAUGCAGAACAAAAAUCAGAUUCUACAUCCUAAGUACAAGUUUGUAGGAGGCACAAAACUAAAUCUUUAAGUUGUUCAUUCCUUCUCCAACAAUGCAGCAGAUUGAGAAAGCAGGGAUUGUUCACUAGGGUCUUCUAUAAACUAAAAUCACAAUCUCUUAUGUCAAUCUUCAUGGCAAAUGUAUAUUUGUUACAUACAUUUUCCUCAUUUUUCUUUUUCUUUUAGAAUUUUUGAUAGGGUAGAGCCGGCUAGGAUUCAUAUACCUUGAAAAAGAAGUAGCAAUUAUGUAAACAAUUCAGGUCAAUGAAGUAAAUCAUGAUCAUGUUAGGGCUCGAAAUGAACCGAGCCAACUUGAACAUAA